CCCGAUAAACAAAAUACUAAGCUUUAAGGAUUUACUGGCAAUUUGCGAUUGCUGAAUUUGCCGGAAUGUCGAAUGCUGCCGACGUAGACGCGUUGGACUUUGAGCCUGAUGACGACGAUCUAAUGGACGAAGAGGCCGCCGUCGACGUCGAUGCCUCUUCUCCUGGUGCUGCUGCUACUAUCCCUAAACUUAAAUCCGCUAUCACUGGUGGAUCUGCCGCCGCCGCUGCCGCACCGAAGAAAACUAAAGGCCGUGGUUUCCGUGAAGAAACAGACACCGGGCGAGGUAACCGUAUGUCUGGUCGUUUCGAUUCCCUCGAUUCCGAUGGCGGACCCGGUCCUGAACGAUCAAUUGAAGGAUGGAUUAUUCUAGUUACUGGAGUUCAUGAAGAAGCACAAGAAGAUGACCUACAAAAUGCAUUUGGAGAAUUUGGGGAGAUCAAGAAUCUGCAUCUUAAUCUUGAUCGAAGAACUGGAUUUGUUAAGGGCUAUGCACUCAUUGAAUAUGAAAGUUUUGAAGAAGCAGAGAAAGCCAUAGCUUCAAUGGAUGGAGGUGAGCUUCUCACUCAAACAGUCAAUGUUGACUGGGCAUUCAGCAGAGGCCCUUUUAGAAGGAAAAACAACAGAAGGAGAUCGCCACAUGGGCAUCGUUCAAGAAGCCCUAGAAGAAGAUUUUGAUUUGUAUGCUUUUUAAGCAACAAAUUAGGGUUUCAAUUGUACUAGUAAACUCCAUAUGCAAGAGAGGAUUCUUUUCUUGUUUUUACUUUUUUGAUAUUUCUGUAAUCUGAAGCUUUUUAGACCAUUUAAAAUCAAUUUUUACAAAA